AUGGCAUAUUCAUCUAAUGGACAAUAUGUACCAUGGUAUUUAAAUCGUAGAUGUCCAAUUUUUUGUAUACCAUGUCUUCCAUUAUAUCAAGGAAUAUGGACAGCAAGAUUAUGUAUUUUUAUUACUGGAGCUAUUUUAUUUAUUCUUGGUGUUACAUUUAUGUUAGGAUUAAUUGUUACAUGUGUAGCUAUUGAAUGUAGUGCUUAUACAGGAUCAAUUCUUCCACUUGCAUUUAUUCUCCUUUUUUUGGGAAUUUUAUUUGUUCAUAUUGGUUGGGCAGCACACCUUCUUGAUUUUGAGGGAAAAAUACCGGUAGAGGAAGAAUUUACUGAAAAUAUUAAAACACUUAAUGAUAUUGAAAAAAAGGAAAAAGACAUAGAAAAUGCUAUAUUUGAUACUGUGAGAGAAAAAAAUAUUCCAGAAUUUAAACAAGGAUAUUGGCAAUUUGAUGAAAAAGAUAGUUGGCAGGCUGUGGCAAAUCCUUAUCCAAUUCAAUCUUCUUUAAAAGGAAUAAUUUCAAGACCAGAAUAUUAA